CGGAAGUGGCAAAACGGCCACAAGUCAAGUAAGCUGGUCAUAUGAAAAGGGCAUAUAAAGGGAUAUGGAAAUGAGAUUCAGAAACAAAAGCAAUAUAUAUUUAAAGGCAUUUUGAAGGGCAGCAAAUGGCGAUGCAUUUCAAAGACCUUCCUUCUCUGGCAUUCAGGGAUGCUCAAAGGAACACGAUACGAUAUUGUAAACAGGAUUCCGGACGCGUUGAUGAUCGCGUGUAUAGUGAUUAUAAAUGCAAGGAUUACUGUCCCGAUGUUUUCAGACGCAUACAAGAGCUCAGAAAUAUUGAUCGCUGUGAUUACAUGAUGUCGAUACGUUCAGAUUUGACCCUAAGGGAGAUAUUGUCAGCAGGAAAGGAUACUCGUGUGAUCCCUGUCAGCACUGAUGACCGCCUUGUUAUAGGAAUCGUGCCAAAAUCUGAAAAGAAGGUAAUGCUGCGUGUGCUUCCAAGCUAUUGUUUCCAUCUUGAAAUGAACCGCGAUUCACUGUUAAGCAUCUUGUAUGGAAUCCACUAUAUGAAGCCAAUUGGUGGUCCUAAGGUUUACUUUUCUGUCUAUUCCAGAGUGAUUCCAUCAGAUGCUAACAUAUUCAGGGUUUUUGAUCUGAAAGGCUCGUGGAAAGGACGAAAAAUAAACAAACCAAGAGGCAAAGAGAACAUCAUAUUAAAGGAUAUGGACUUCGGUUUUCGUUUUUCCCUAGAUCCAUUGAUCCAAGAAAAACUCUUAGGGCAAAUCAAGCAUGAUUGUGAGUUUUUGGAAGCUCAGGGAAUAAUGGAUUACAGUCUUUUGAUUGGUAUAGCUUUGCCACCUCAAGAUAAAGAUUCGGUUGAUAGCAGAAGUUCCUAUAGCGAAGUUACACCCUCCUGCCACUCUCCUAUGAAUUCGAAUGAUAGCAGAAAUUCCAAUGUGCAGAAUGCUGGCUAUGGCGACUCUUCACCUGUAAAUUCAGUUGAUAGCAGAAGUUUUGAUAGCGAGAGAAUCUCAAGUUGCUCUUCAGAAGAAGUUGAGGGAACACAGUCAAUUUAUUCUGACAUUAGCAAAGAGCCUGAUAGUUCUAAAUUUAGAUUAGGUGUGGGAAUGCCAGCACGUACUAUCCGAUCAAAACUGAUUAAAGCAGGGCAUGUGCCAUCCACUCGAAGCGCUGGAGGAUUGGAGUGCGCCGACGUUGUGUUAUAUUUCUCAAUUGUUGAUAUAUUUCAGAAUUACAAUCUGGCUAAGCGCCUUGAACAUGCUUACAAGUCAAUCAAGUACGACUCCAAGUCAAUUGUUACAGUGAAUCCCAAGGCAUAUGCUUCUCGCUUCCAAGAUUUUAUGAGCCUCAUUUUUCAUGUGGACUCCUGAUAUUUGUGGACUUGCAACUGGGCUAUGGACAGUUCUGUGCCGUGCAAGUUUUUGACCAUUUGCAUAGACAUAUAAUAGACAAAUUAUUAUUCAUUAUGGAAGUGGGAUAUGCAAAAUGAUGACUUGGAAACACAGGGACAGCUGAUCUCAUUACCAAGCAAUAUGGCUCUGUCAAUUAGCAAUAUCUGGAUGAUUAUUGAUUUAUUUCCUUUUUUUUCUUAUUUAAAACAGUGUUCAGAUUAUCUAUGAUGGCAAAAACCAUUUAAAAGAGUCAAAUGAUUAUUA